ACGAUCAGCUGCUUUGUUUUUACUGACAAUGAGGGAGAGGUUGUUGUCCUGGUCCCGAGCAAAAAAAAUGAUAUGACUAGACAUGGGACUUUUAUUUUGACAUUUCUGUGUUGCCACUAUUACUGCUCCUCUCGUUUGUAUCGUCACAGGAAUUAGCAACACGGAGGCUAGAUAGCUGUCUACAACUGUUUAAACAGCUGAAAUGAGUUUCCUGGGUGGUUUAUUUGGUCCUGUGUGUGAAAUUGAUGUCCUACUCAAUGAUGCAGAGACUAGGAAGACAGCAGAACUCAAGACAGAGGAUGGGAAAGUGGAGAAGAACUAUUUAUUUUAUGACGGAGAAUCGGUCUCUGGGAAGGUGAAUCUCAAUGUGAGGCAGACAGGCAAAAGACUAGAACACCAAGGGAUUCGAAUUGAGUUUGUUGGGCAGAUUGAGCUUUUCAGUGAUAAAAGCAACACGCAUGAAUUUGUGAACCUGGUAAAGGAGCUUGCCCUGCCAGGGGAGUUGACUCAGAAUCGAAGCUACGACUUUGAGUUCAUGCAGGUGGAGAAGCCAUAUGAGUCUUACGUUGGAGCCAACGUCCGACUGAGAUAUUUCCUCAAAGUGACAAUAGUGAGGAGACUGUCUGAUCUGGUGAAAGAGUAUGACCUCAUUGUCCAUCAGCUGGCCACUUACCCUGAUGUGAACAAUUCCAUCAAGAUGGAAGUUGGCAUUGAAGACUGUCUACAUAUAGAGUUUGAAUACAACAAGUCCAAAUACCACUUGAAAGAUGUCAUUGUGGGUAAAAUCUACUUCCUUCUUGUGAGAAUCAAAAUCCAGCACAUGGAACUUCAGUUGAUCAAGAAAGAGAUGACUGGAAUAGGUCCUAGCACAACUACUGAGACGGAGACUGUUGCCAAGUAUGAGAUUAUGGACGGAGCCCCUGUGAAAGGAGAGUCUAUUCCCAUCCGGCUGUUUUUAGCUGGCUACGACCUCACAGCCACCAUGAGGGACGUCAACAAGAAGUUCUCUGUGCGGUACUUCCUCAACCUGGUGCUGGUAGAUGAGGAGGACAGGAGAUACUUCAAACAACAGGAGAUUGUUCUGUGGAGGAAAGCUCCUGAGAAAAUAAGGAAACGGAACUUCCACCAACGCUAUGAGUCUCCUGAGCCACGGCCGACCCUUACUGCUGAGCAACCCGAAAUGUGAAGACCACUGGAAACAGAAAAUGCUGAGAAUGUUUCUGAUUAUGCUUAAAGCAAACAAGGGGGCGCAACUCGACACAUGCAAGGUGAAAUUAAAGCGCCAGACAGCCAUUUAAUAGAACUACCUUCUGCAAGGUUACAGUCUCUUGCUGCUACACCUGAAUGGGCUGGGUCUACUCUGCUGGCCACAGCAAGCACUCUUGUUAGCUUACUGUAUGGACUCGUCUGUUUGACACACAAUAUAAAGCACUGGAAUGGGAGCUACCAUUUAUUUCAUAUUGCAAAAACGUUUGACCUACCCUUCCUGUAAAAUAUGCACUUGGUUAGGCUCAACACUGGGGACAUGACGUACAAUCAUACACUACUAGAUAUUUCAAAGGACGUUCCAGUGCAUGUAGGCAGGUCAAAUUGAAUAUGAAGGGUUAAUGUUGUGUUCAGCGUUGGCUGUAAGGUCAAGCUGUAAGACAAUAGGCAUGCUUUGAGCUCAAAGGGUGCCGUAUUCAUAAUUCACUGAAAUACAGUGAGCUUCAAAAGUAUUGGGACAGUGACAUUUUUGUUGUUUUGGCUCUGUGCUCCAGCACUUUGGAAAUUAAAUGAUACAGUGACUGCGAGGUUAGUGCAGGCUGUCAGUUUUAAUUUGAGGGUAUUUUCAUCCAUAGCAGGGGAACCGUUUAGAAAUUACAACACGUUUUGUACAUACUUAUGUGUAUUAAAGUAGUCAAGUUUAGUAUUUUCUUAUUCUUAGCAGAUUAUUUUGUGCCCAAUAGAAAUGAAUGGUAAAUAAUGUAUUGUAUCAUUUUGGAGUCACUUUUAUUGCAAAUAAGAACAUAGUGUUUCUAAACACUUCUAUAUUAAUGUGGAUGCUACCAUGAUUACGGAUAGUCCUGAAUGAAUCGUGAAUAAUGAUGAAUGAAAAAGUUAGACACAUCUUACCCCCCACAAAAAAAUGCUAAGAGGUUAGCAUGUCUUGGGGGUAUGAUUUGUGCAUCUAACUUUCUCAUUCAUAGUCCUGAAUCAAUUGAAAAAUUAUCUGUAAACAUGGUAGUAUCCACAUUCAUGUAGUGUUCAGAAACAUUAUAUUCUUAUUUACAAUAAUAGUGACUCCAAAAUGGCACAAUACAUGAUUUACCAUUCAUUUCUAUUGGGUACAAAAUCUGAAACGCAACCAAAACAAACAGCAAAUGCAUCCAGCAAGUUUGUAGAGUCACAAGCUUAAUGUAAUCAUUGCUUGCUAGGAAUAUGGGACCAAAUACUAAACUUUUGACUACUUUUAAUACAUAAGUGAAUUUGGCCCAAUACUUUGUCCCUCCAUUUUAUGGGACCAUGUACAAAAAGUGCUGUACUCUAAACGGUUCACCUGAUAUGGAUAAAAUACCUUCAUAUUAAAACACUAACCUCAUAGUCAUUGUAUAAUGUCAGAUCCAAAGUGAUGGAGUACAGAGCCAAAACAGUGUGUCACUGUCCCAAUACUUUUGGAGCUCGCUGUAUGUAAAAUAUUUCUAUCUCCUAAGUUAUUUAGUGUAUAACCUGUAGUUUUGUUCUUUUUUUUUCUUUUUUCUUUCACUUCUUGUAUUUUGUGCUUUUCUUUUUCGAAAUACAAAUAUACUGUAUGUUAAUAAAUGCUUUUGCUAGUGUCAUUGGAUUGAGGCACUACAAAAUGCUGUUUAAAUAAAAUUAUUUUGAUCAACGGUUAGGUCCUACAUGUAUAUCUGUAUAUCUGUAUGUCCUGUUCGAUGAUGGUUGAAUGGGUACUUACAUUUAUUGUGGUUUUGUCUAUAUUUAGAGAAGUGCCACUUUACAUUUGCAUAAGGAUACAUAUUUAAGCUCAGAUGGGGCUGUGCUACAAUCACGUAACAAUGUUAUGUCUUCAUUUCUGAAUACUAUACAGGCAAUAUUUUUUUUUUUUUUUAGUUAAGUGCCUGUAAGGUCAUGAAGAAACUUAUGCCAAAUACUGGCCUGACUCACCAUUGCAUGUUCACCACAUUUUAUACCGUGUUCAAUAUGUAUCUGACUUGUGUGGACGUUGAACAUUUGUAUAUAUCUAGCCUCAGUCUAUAUCCAUCAUCAAUUAAAUUAAAUGCAAAUUUAUACUUA